AUGACCGACAUGUGGCUUCAGGUCUUAACCAGACCUUACGUGUUCUUUCCAGACGAGCCAUGUAUGCUGGAGUCACUGAAGUUUUCGGCCGGUCAUGAGAAGUUCUCGGGUGUUUACAGGUUGACAGACAUCCAGCGUUCUAAUCAGCCGGUUUGGAAGCUGGUCGCAUACUUGGACGUCGUUGACAUGAAGCUGCACCCCGUGACAUACAUAAUUCCGACUUUCGUGGCCUAUGAGCAGUCGAUUGGUGCUUGGACCAUCUUCCGAGGGGGUCCCAAGUUGAAUGCCUUGUGUGCGGGUGUGGCCAGCGCCCGUCCGCAGCAGGUGCCUAAGGAGAUGUGGGCCAUGCAUGUGGGCGUCAAGGAGACGCCUAGGACGGGCAAUGCCGAAAUUGACAGGAUCGUUUCUGUGGCUCAAGGCACGAGUCUGGCCUUUCCGUGUGACAGCGCGGAAGUCACACCACUGACACAGAACGAGAUUGAGAGGCUCCACAAUGUUGAGCAGGUAGUUGGUCAUUUCGAAGCUUCACCUAUGCGAUUAGCUCGUGAAGACCUGGUGUAUCUCAGCCAGCCUUUUCCAAGGCUACGCAAGGUUCAGCCUAUGACGUUUCCGACCCUCGCAGAGUUGCAACGAAUUGGGCCAGGGAGGUGA